AUGGACUGGUUCAAACAACACUUUCAGCAACGUGCUCGUCGGCACCCAGAGGUUCAGCCAGGUGCUCCUCCUGAGUGGGCACCUGCAGCAGAACAAUCAUCCACAUACGGUCUUCAGAACGAAGCCUCAGACGAAAGUUACGAAACAGCCCUCGAGUUCUGUGAAAGACAUCCCAUUGAAUCGUCAGCAAUUCUACCCUCUCGAACCAUCACGGACAUUGACAGUAAUGGGUGCUUAGAAUGGCGAAUGCAAGCUCACGACUCUUCCCCUGUCUCCGUGAUCCAUAAUUCAGGUGGGAAGGGCGGACUCUCGCAGAUACGCUCUAGAGUGGGCUGCCCAGACACAUGUCUCCUCAGCAACCUGCCAAUCGUCGCUGGUCAAUAUCACUUCCCGAUCGAUGGUGGAGUAUACUUCGAGAUCACUGUAAACAAAAUGGCAGACCCAUCCAAAGGUGGUGUAAUCGCAAUUGGAACUGCUUGCAGACCGUACCCAUUAUGGAGGCUUCCAGGCUGGAAUCGAUUGAGCGCAGGCCUUCACCUCGACGACUUCCACAAAUUCUUUGAGGACCCAGAGGGCGGGCGUCCUUGCUUCCCACUGGGCUUUCCACCCAUUACGUCCGUCGUUGGCCAUACGAUCGGUUGCGCAUAUUCUUUCUACACAGGUACAAUGUUCUUCACAGUCGACGGUCAACGCCUGCCAGAUGCGUUUACCGGUAUAUAUUUGCAGAACCGCAGCGGGAUUGAUGUGUAUGCUGCUGUGGGUGUGUCUGGGGAGUGUGACGUCUUGGUAAAUUUUGGUAGUACAUCUUUCAAGUGGCUGGAAGGAAAUGAGUGGAGGUGGAGGGUGGAUAGGCAGGUGAGGAAGCUCCGUGAUGAUGUUGGAGAUCAGGAAGAACUGCCUGCGUACAGUGCACGUUAG